UCCUGGGGGAUAGGCUACGUACUGUCUUUAUAGUAGCCGGAAUGGUAGUAGUGAGGACUUUUUCUUAGUUUGACUUUAAAAAACCGGCUCAAUGUGUGUUGGCUGUCAUUACAGUGUACACUGUUAAUUUUCCACGUUUUAACACUCACUACGUUUUAUUUUGAUUUGAGAAGUAUCAGUUGGUGAACUUAACCACGCGCUUUUUGUAUUAUUGCAAUUUAUCAAUGAGGCACAAGAGGAAAAUCAGAGGCGCCUAAGUCUUUUGAUAAAAUUAAUUUUCUUGAUUGCUUUUGACAGAUACUUGACAUCCGUAUCAUCUUAGUUACCCACAUAACCUGCUUUUUUGGUAACUGUCCCUGUAUAAGUGUUUGACUUUUUAGGAGAAAUGGUUUUCCGUGGUACAGAGUUAUUUACUCGCUUGGCAACUUUAUCGGCACCUUUAUUUAGAGGUCGGUUACUUCUCCUUACAAACACUGUUGUUUCUGGGACAUUGCUAUCUGCUGGUGACAUACUUCAGCAAAGUCGCGAGAUCAGGAAGCAUCCUGAACAAAAUCGAGACUGGAGAAGGACAGGGAGAAUGCUGACGGUUGGAUUUUCUUUGGGUCCCCUUGCACACUAUUGGUACCUCUGGCUAGAUGCAGUGUUUCCAGGCAGAACCUUAAGAAUUGUCUCCAAGAAAGUGCUGCUUGAUCAGAUCAUAGCAUCUCCUGUAAUGGGAGGCUGGUAUUUUUUGGGAACUGGAUUGAUGGAAGGCAGUGGACUGAAAAAGAGCUGGCAGGAAUUCAUGGACAAAUUUGUGGAAUUUUAUAAAGUUGACUGGUGUGUGUGGCCACCAGCCCAAGUAGUCAAUUUCUUUUUCAUCGCACCUAGGUUUCGAGUGAUUUACGUAGAAAUGGUUACACUGGGAUAUGAUACCUACCUCUCAUAUCUCAAACAUCGAAAGGAUCCAGAACUAGACAACUCUGAAGCUGAUCCGAGUAAAAUCUGUACUGAAGGCCAUCAGAACUGCACCACUGACUGUUUUAAAAUUUCUGGGUGAAUUCUAGCACUCGCAGGAUCAGUUCUUUGUGUUCCUUUGCAUUACACUAGAUCGGAUGAACACAUAACUAUUCUGAAGGUUUUAAAUGUGUCCUGUCAUGGUCAACAAAGUCUAAUGAAUUGAACUUAUUGUGAAUCUCCCACCAAGGAGUUGACUUUCUUAACCCCACCAGCUUUACUUACAGGUCGAUAAGUGAGUAGUAAAUUGUUGCACGGUAAAUUUGCAGGACCUGGACAUAUUAAGAAGUUAUAUUCCCUCUAAGUAAUUUUCUUUCCAAGUGAGUUACCCCUUACAUAUGUGUUCAGUUUUGUAAUUUGGGAACAGAGUCACUGUUGUUCUAGCCACACUUCUAGAUGUGAUGUUGGUGCAGUAUUGACAUACUGGUACAGGAACAUUAUCACAACAUUAUUUGGCAGCAGUGCAGAAAAUGCUGUAUUCAGGAGUGCUGAGCUCCUCCGGAAAAAGUACCAUGACCUGUAAACUGCAGAACUUGUGAGACUCAGGACACCAUCCUGUACUGAAACAUCUCAGGAUAAUGGUACAGUCAUAGGUUAGUGCCUUCUCCCACGACACACAACUGCAAUCAGUCCUCUUCCCUUAGUGCUUCAACAAAUUCUUGAAGCAGCUUGCACAUUUAUAUAUGGUGUUCCACUGCUCAGGGAUUCAAGGGUCAUGCUUCAUUUGCAUUUAUACACAUUCCUUGCUGUUGAAUCAUCUUUUCUGUCACAUUUGUUAUUCUGAUGUUAUUUAUCACUGACGUAAACAAAUAUAAAUUAACUUCAGUAGGCAUAUCAGAAACUGUGAAAUUCAAACUUUAAAAGCCGCCAUAGUGUCAUUUGUUUCUUUCACCUUUUAAUUGAAUCAACUUGAAAUACACUUUUAUGAUUGUUUUAAUGUAGUUUUGAUGCAAUUUAUUGGCCCCCAGACUCUCCAUGAUUACCCUGCUAGGGCAUUGAAACACCACUGUGUAGCUUUUUCUGUUUUUCCUCUUGUUAAAACGCCAGGUAUCUUUUGCAAACAUAUUGUUUAAUCCUUUCAUUUUGCCACUGAAUAUUAAUGGCUGUAUGAAAGACUGUGCUGUAUUUGACUACUACAGUGAUUCAGAGCAGUUAUUUUAUGCUUUUCUAAAUAGUCAUUAAGAUGGCCUUGCCACAUGAGGAAAAGCAUCUCUUAAUUUGUAAAAACAGGCAUGCUUGUCUGUGCUUAUUCAGCAGUGUACAUUAAUGUGUCUUGUUCAUUUUCAAAUUGCUGUAAGCAGUUGUUGUAAGAAACCGGUUCAGAUCUGCUGUGCUGUGUACCUUUAUGACAGCGUCCUUGAAACUAGCUUCACUAGAUAUUUCAGAUGAAAAUCUGUUUUGUGAUUUAAGGAUGCACUAUUCUGUAACAGCUAGUGAUGUUGCCUGAUGGCGUUUGAUUGUUGGUUCUUUGGUACAGUUACUGACAAGUUUUUCUACUGAUGCAAUCACAUACUCUUUUUGUGCCUAUGUGGGUUUUGAUUACGGAUUUCCUCCCACAUUGCAAAAAACAUUCGGUAGGUGACUUGGUGAUCCUUUAAAUUGUAUAUGUGUGUGUGCGUGUUAUGUGCGUGUAUAUGUGUACCAUGUAAUGGCUUCCUUAAUCUUUGUUGAAUGUUAAGUAGAUGAUGAUGCAACUCUUCAGGUACAUUUACCUGAGUUGCAUCUCAUUUAUAUUCUCUCAUUGAGAAUAACUGCUGGCACAGUGUCUGUUAGUAACACUAACACUGUUUUAAAGCGUUUGGCUUUUUUGUUUUUCUCUGUACAUCUAGUAUAUCUAGUAUUGUUGUGUAUUUAAUAGGAUUGUGGGGAAGUGGAUCCACCAAAAUUGGGUACUAGGGGACUUGUCCCCCAGCAGAAAUACCCUUUUUUUUUUUUUUUGACCAGUUUUUUUUUCUGUGUUUGUAGCCUCAGCUGGAUGUUAUUUGCUGAUAAUGUAUUAUGACCUGGUGUCCUAACUAAGAUUGCUUCUCUUCCAUAUGCCCUUUGCUUGCUGAGAUAGACUUUUGACUCCCCUGCAGUCCUAAAUAAGAUAAAUUAUUUAUCUGAAAGUUAAUUUCUUUGUAGUGCUUGACAUCCAAAGCACUUAAAUAAACAAACAAAAACACUGUAGUAGAGCAGGGUAUGUGGUUUAGGUUCCCAGUUACUGAUAGAAAACAAGAGAUGGAUUUGAAACAAGCGGUCUGUUAUGUAAUUAACAUACAGUAAAUUAACAUAUAGCUUGAUAUCUGAACACAGUGUUGUGUACCCAAAAACUAAUAAUAGUGGUUUCAUAAUUGUUGUUGUGGCUUCAGAGAAGUUUGGUAAAGAUUCUGUUUCUGUAAUUGUUAUGUGUUGUAAUGAUUUAAGUUUUUCCUUCCAAAGGUCUAUUGCUGUAACAGAUGGGCUUGGCUUUGUUUCUCUAACCAGUGUAGUUUUUAGUACUACACCUAUUUAUAUGAUCCAGAUGUGUACUUUAUUUUUAAAACUUAUUUGUGUGCCAUUAAGAAUAAAUGUGGAUUUUUUUCUAGCUUAGUUAAUAAACUUAGAAUACAUUUUCAAGGUAUGGCAAACAACACAUCAGUCAACUGAAAUUAAAUCUGUACUCUCAUUUAAUUUGUUUGGAACUUUUGAACUCUAAAAUGAGAGCAGUGGCUUGUACUUUCUAAAAAGUAGUUUUUUAAUAAAGUGUAACAAGAUUUCCCUUCUUUAUAA